GCCGGCCAGCACCAUGCCCCGCAUAGAUGCGGAUCUUAAACUCGACUUCAAGGAUGUUCUGCUGCGACCUAAGCGGAGCAGCCUCAAAAGCCGAGCCGAGGUGGAUCUCGAGCGAACCUUUACAUUUCGAAACUCAAAGCAGACCUACUCAGGGAUUCCCAUCAUUGUAGCCAACAUGGACACUGUGGGGACAUUUGAGAUGGCUGCGGUAAUGUCACAGCACGCCAUGUUUACAGCCGUUCACAAGCAUUACUCCUUGGAUGACUGGAAACGUUUUGCGGAAAACCACCCUGAGUGCCUGCAGCAUGUAGCCGUGAGUUCGGGCAGUGGGCAGAAUGAUCUGGAGAAGAUGAGCCACAUCUUGGAAGCCGUGCCACAGGUGAAGUUCAUCUGCCUGGAUGUGGCCAAUGGGUAUUCGGAACAUUUUGUGGAAUUCGUGAAACUGGUCCGAUCCAAAUUUCCUGAACACACCAUCAUGGCAGGAAAUGUGGUGACAGGAGAGAUGGUGGAAGAGCUCAUCCUCUCUGGAGCAGAUAUCAUCAAAGUGGGAGUUGGACCAGGUUCUGUGUGUACCACCCGAACCAAGACAGGAGUGGGCUACCCGCAGCUGAGUGCCGUAAUAGAGUGUGCUGACUCUGCCCAUGGCCUCAAGGGGCACAUCAUCUCUGAUGGAGGCUGUACAUGUCCAGGAGAUGUCGCCAAAGCCUUUGGAGCCGGUGCAGACUUCGUCAUGCUGGGAGGCAUGUUCUCAGGCCACACUGAGUGUGCAGGGGAGGUGAUCGAACGGAACGGACAGAAGCUGAAACUCUUCUAUGGCAUGAGCUCGGACACAGCCAUGAAGAAACACUCGGGAGGAGUCGCCGAGUACAGGGCCUCUGAGGGCAAGACUGUGGAAGUGCCUUACAAAGGGGAUGUGGAGAACACAAUUCUGGAUAUCCUGGGAGGACUUCGGUCUACCUGUACCUACGUAGGGGCUGCCAAGCUCAAAGAGCUCAGCAGGAGAGCAACAUUCAUCCGGGUGACCCAACAGCACAACACAGUGUUUGGUUAGCCUGGGGAUGCCGAGGUGCUGAGCUGAGUGGAAACCACCUCUCGCCGCGCUUUUCCCAUCCGUCCCCUUCUUGUCUGUCCCAGCAGGAUGGCUGCUCUGCAUGGUGGAACACUGCCACCGACACUGACAUUGAGUCCUUGUCCUGACCUUGCACCCAGAGGCCUUGGGGCUUGCCCUGGUGCCUGUGUAGAGCCCAGAAGCAGGGUGCUCGUGGGGCCCUGGGUCAGCACCUAGAACUCAUUGCCUCCUUGUUUCAACCAACCCUUGCACCCUUUCCUUCCACCGUUUUCUUUCUGAAGGACGAUGGUUUCACUUUUAAUAGAAUGCUAUGAUCUUGA